AUGAAGCUCAACGUCUCCUACCCGGCCAAUGGGUCGCAGAAGAUCAUCGAGGUCGAUGACGAGCGCAAGCUCCGUCCCUUCAUGGAGAAGCGCAUGGGAACCGAAAUUCCCGGCGACUCUCUCGGUGACGAAUUCAAGGGUUACGUCUUCAAGAUCACCGGUGGUAACGACAAGCAAGGUUUCCCCAUGAAGCAGGGUGUUCUCCUUCCCACUCGUACCCGCCUGCUCCUUAGCGAUGGCCACAGCUGCUACCGCCCCCGCCGCACUGGUGAGCGCAAGCGCAAGUCCGUCCGUGGUGCCAUCACCAACUUCGACCUUGCCGUCCUGGCCCUCUCCAUCGUCAAGCAGGGUGAGGGUGAGCUUCCCGGUCUGACCGACUCCGUCGUCCCCAAGCGUCUCGGUCCCAAGCGUGCCACCAAGAUCCGCCGCUUCUUCGGCCUCGACAAGAAGGACGACGUCCGCAAGUUCGUCAUCCGCCGUACCGUCACCAAGGAGGGCAAACCCGAAUACACCAAGGCCCCCAAGAUCCAGCGUCUGGUCACUCCCCAGCGUCUCCAGCACAAGCGCCACCGCAUGGCCCUUAAGCGCCGUCGCGCGGAGGCUUCUCGCGAGGCUGCUAACGAGUACUCCAAGCUCCUCGCUGGCCGUGUCCACGAGGAGAAGGCCAAGCGUGACGAGAUCCGCAAGCGCCGGGCGUCUUCGAUGAGGAAGUAA